AGCGACCACCUGCUUUUAAAACAAUGAUUUUAUUUGUUUACAUUUGGAUUGGUAUCGGCCUACUGCCAUUAACCCAAUCAGAAAUCACUGAGUGCCCCACGUACAGCGUACCACAGGUGCGAGCAGAAGUGGAGGGAUCCGGCGAGAUGUCUUUGAUGUUUUACUACGUGUCUUGGUCGAGCGAUGCCAGACAGGCACGUUUGGUAUACGAUGGCGUGGCCCAUUACUACAAGGAAUACGCCUCCUUUGGCGCUAUCGACUGUUGGCAUCUGCAGUGCAACUGCAGCCGUACACAUCGACAACUACCUGGCAUGGCGGUUAACGGCGGGUAUCCGGACAAAUGGCCCACGCUAAUGGUUAACUAUGGGCGGCAAGUGAGGCUGCAGUAUCAAGGCGCAUGGCAUUUUGAGGACUUGACGAGAUUCAUGAACAAUCUUAUACAGCCCAUCGAUCGAGUGCAUAGUACGGCAGAGCUGGGCGCCCUAUGGAGUAUCUCGGAUGCCGUUGUCCUGGCGGUGCUGGACUCUGCCGAUGGCCCGACAUAUAGACGUUUCGUGGCGACGGCAAUACAUUGGUUGGAAUUCGAUCCGGAGCGUAACGUACGCUUUGCGGUCGCUUUUGGCCGCCAAGCUAAGAAAAUGCUCAGGGUGGAGGGGUUAUCACUGCCGCAACUCGUAGUCAUAGAUAACCGGCAUGGCCUGCAUAAUUACAAUAAAUCGGAUGUCUGGCAGCCCAUGGAGAUCUUGCAUUGGGUGCGACCCAAAGUCAAUCCUCUGCAGGCCGCUGGCUACGGAACACCCGCGAAGAUUGCGAUUAAGGCGCGUCACACGCCAGUGCUGGCCAUGGCCAUACGCAUGCAUCGCCAACAGUCAUUAUUCACGAGCGAUGAUCUGUUGCGUAAGGAGAAUGUUGACUGCGAGCUGUACUGGAAGCAAGAGCUGCAAGACGGCAGCGAGUCGCGUAAAUGGGCUCUGUUGCAAAUGCCGCCAGAGCUGUAUGAAGUCCCUAAGGCGCAGGAACAGAUGGCCAAGAAUUGCUAUCGCGCAUUUCAGCUCAACAGAGCCACCCUGGCCAAUUACUACCACAUCAAUGGCUUCCUAAAUUAUUUAUGGUCCCAACACACUCACGAACGCCACUCGGAAGCGGAGGCGCGCCGGCUGUUGGCGCUUCGCACACGUAAUCGCUGCUUGGCGCACACCCAUGCCCAGCAGGGAACGCCGGCAGGAAAGAUUGGCAUUGCGAAGCUGGUCGCUAAAUACGGUCAGCUGAUGUGGAUGCACUCGGCGGAGCAGAAAAUACAGAAUAGUUCAUUGGCCGUAGUGCUCUUCGAUGGAAACAAACAUCGCGACUUUCUGCACCAACUUGGCAUUGAUCAGUUCCAACUCAAUCAUAAAAGAGAUGCGUCCACAGUGCAGGUAUUCAUUGUGGAUGCAGCCGAAGAAGCACUACAUGUCAUGCCGCAGCAUCAGACGUUCUCCUAUCUGGCACUGAAGGAGUUCAUGAAGCAAUUUUAUGCCAGACAGCUGCCGCGCGUGCAAAGGAAUUCUUUAUUAAGCACUGCCCCAUCCCAGGAAGCAUCGUAUAUACAGGUAUACAAUCGCCAGUUAUUGCUGCAGGCACUGCAGCACUCCAAUGCUACGAAUGUCGUGCUUAUCCAGCGACCGGAUUGUGCACUCUCGGCCGUCAUGUCACAGGAGCUGAUGCAAGUGGCAGCUAUGCUGCGCAGUCCCGAACUUAAAUUCAUUCGCUUCGAUAGCCAGGCAAACGAUUUGCCCUGGGAACUCACUAUGCCGGCGUCACCAGCGCUGCUAGUGUUUCCACAAUCUCGACCCACAGAAUCUGUGGUGUUUCCGAUUGAUAUUCGUGUGGACACGGCCAACAUAAUGUCCUUCAUAUUGGCACAGUUGGAGCCAGAGCAGCAGUUGCGCUUAGUUUUGGCCAGCUGCCGGCGGCGCAUAAGGCAUGCGCGCAGCUGCCUGGACUUUGCCGGGAAACUGGUGCUCCAGCACAUCAGCCAAUAUUUGAAAUACUGGGAGAUAUAUGUGAAGGAGCGUGAUCAGAUCUUGUCACAUCUAAAGCAGUUCAAUGAGAUGCACAUUGCCAUCGAAAGUAGUAUAAAGUUAUAGUUUAUAAAUGCAUCUCAAUUGACCGUUAAACUAGUUAUCUUAAAAGUAUUGGGUAAGAUUUUAGCGGGAGGGAGCUCACUUAUCUGAUAUUGUAAGCCCAAAAUAAGUUUAACUAAAUAUUGUUAUCAAUAAGUCUAGUAU